AUUUUCUCUCAUUUCAUUGAUAUGAGCUGUGAGCUAAGACUUUUAUUAUAUAUACACUGGAGAGUGAGCGUAGUUUCUGGCUUCACAGAUACUGACUUGGUGCAGUGUGUUGUUUUAGCGGUGUGUGAGUCUUUAUUCGGUUGUAAAUAAGUGUGUUUCAUGUCUCGGUUUAAGAGAGGAGCGGUAGCUGACCCUCGGGCUGGGUUCAAGAAGGACACACAGGAAUGUCCUGUUCCGGCUGGACUCCUGAAAACCGCCAGAAAGAGCGGGCAACUCAAUCUGUCUGGCCGCGGUCUCAGCGAAGUUCCUCAGAGUGUGUGGAGGAUAAAUGUGGACCCUCCAGAGGAAGCUAAACAAAAUGUGUCCUUCAGUGCCUCUGAACGAUGGUGGGAGCAAACUGAUCUCACCAAACUCCUGCUUUCCUCCAACAAACUCCAGACAAUCUCAGAGGACAUCAAACUCCUGCCUGCACUAGUGGUUUUAGAUAUUCAUGACAAUCAACUCACUUCACUGCCAGGGUCUAUUGGUGAGCUGGAACAGUUACAGAAACUCAUACUGAGUCAUAAUAAGUUGGUAGAGCUGCCCACGGAGCUUUGGAGCCUGACAAACCUGAGAUGUCUCCAUCUGCAGCAGAACCUGCUUGAACAGCUGCCUGCAGAUUUGGGCCAGUUGCGCCACUUAGAGGAUCUUGAUGUUUCUAACAACAAAAUAAUGGUGAUACCAGAUAGUCUGGCAGACCUCAGCAACCUCGUAAAACUGAAUCUGUCCUUCAACAAUCUGACGAGCCUGCCGCCGGUGAUCAGCGGAAUGAAGAAUUUGCGAAUGCUGGACUGCUCACGGAAUCAGCUGCAGAGCGUGCCGCCUGUCCUAGCACAGAUGGCGUCCCUGGAGCAGCUGUACUUGAGGCAUAACAAACUGCGCUUCCUCCCGGAGCUGCCCUCCUGCAAAGCACUCAAGGAGCUUCACUGUGGGAAUAAUCAGAUUGAGGUUCUGGAGGCAGAUCAUUUAAAACACUUGAGUGCUCUGAGUGUUUUAGAGUUGAGAGAUAACAAGGUGAAGAUUCUUCCUGAGGAAAUAACUCUACUGCAGGGCCUGGAGCGCUUGGAUCUCACGAACAAUGAUAUUAGCAGUGUUCCCUGUGGUCUUGGAACUUUGCCUAAGCUGAAGUCUCUGGCUCUGGAGGGCAAUCCUCUGAGGACCAUCCGCAGAGAUAUUCUGACUAAAGGCACCAGUGAACUCCUGAAAUAUCUUAGAAGUCGAAUACAAGAGCAGCCUGAUGGAGAUGCCAAAGAGGAGCUAAGGACAGCGAUGACUCUCCCAAGCCAGGCCAAGAUUAAUGUGCAUGCCAUCAAAACACUGAAGACCUUAGACUACAGUGAAAAACAAGCAGCAUCCAUACCUGAUGAUGUGUUUGAUGCAGCCAGUAACAGUCCUGUUGUUAACGUGAACUUCAGCAAAAACCAGCUGACCGCUGUACCACCAAGGCUUGUGGAGCUGAGAGACACUCUUGCAGACGUUAAUCUCGGAUUUAAUAAGCUGUCCACCAUUCCUCUUGAAUUUUGCAUGCUACAGCAGCUUGUACACAUAGACUUGAGAAAUAAUCUGUUGACAUCACUACCAGUGGAGGUGGAAGCUCUCACCAAGCUGCGGAGCAUCAUACUGUCAUUUAAUAAAUUUAAGUGUUUCCCAGAUGUGCUGUACCACAUCUUGUCCCUAGAGACAAUUUUAAUAAGCAACAAUCAAGUUGGAGCCAUCGAUCCUGUGCGGCUUAAGCUGCUGGACAGAUUGUCUACUCUGGACCUGCAGAACAAUGACAUCAUGCAGGUGCCACCAGAACUGGGUAACUGUACCAGCCUGAGGGCUCUGAUGCUUGAUGGGAAUCCUUUCCGUAACCCUCGAGCUGCGAUUGUGGCUAGAGGAACAGAUGCAAUUCUUGAGUAUCUGAGAAGUCGCAUUCCUACAUGAAUGUAACGUCUGACAGGGCCCAGCUACCCCCUACUGCCACAUAAUGAAAGCACUACCAGACUAAUACUGCAGAUAAGACAACAGUUUUGUGCCAUAAAGCUGAGUUUUAUAUAAGUCAUAUGGCAUAAAGUUUGGAAAAGGUUUCAAGAAAUCACAUGAUAUUUUUUUGAAUCUCUGCAGUGAUCUAGAACACCCUCUUACUCUUCUCUCUUGUCAUCUUUAUUAUGACCUGCACAUUUGGAUUUUGGCACAGGUUUAAAGCUGGCUGCCAUUCAUGACACAUGAACCCUCCAGUUUUAUCUGAGACCGGCACCGAGAGCUAAACCCCUCGGUGGCUGGGAUUGUUCCCUGUCUGGGAUUCUGCCAUUGGACCACCAGGGACUUUUGUCCAAUAAUAUCUUUUCAUAUUUCAUUAUUCAUUGUGUAACUCAUUAUUGUAUCCAGAAAACCAACAUUCUUAUUAAAUUGAUUAUUCACACUA